AUGGCACUGGACUUCUCGGGUAUUUCUGUGCCGAAGGUUUCUAUAAUUGCGGAAGCACUGGAGCUGAUUUCAAGAAUGCUGCAAGAUCCUGGAAGGUGUUCUCCGAAUGCGCGAACGUUUGUUACAGCAUUUAAGGCCUGUACAGCCUUGGUAGCAAAAGAAGAUGGCCAGGUAGUCGCAGGAAAGCUGGUGAAGAUGGUUUCACUGGAAAGUGGGACAGCUCUUCACGUCGAAGCAGCAAAUUCCGGCUUUGCCUUGGACCUUUUCGUGAGCAACACUCACGCGAAGUGUGGUGCUCUUGUGUGUGAACUUAUGUGGCUUCUCUCAAGGCGUGCAGCAUCCUCGCAUCCAGGGAACAGGGCAAAAAAAUCAGUGGCAAGCUUGUCAAAGGCGGAGUCACUCGGAAAGGCCAGAGCUCGGGCUGUGAAAGGUGGAUUCUUUCUGGACUUGUUCAUGGCCAACACUCUGAUCGACGUCUUCGCAAAGUGCGGUGACUUGGAAGAGGCUCGCAGGAUCUUCUACUCGAUGAAGCAGCAGGACGUGGUAUCGUGGAACGUCUUGAUGCUCGGCCUGGCCGAGAGAGACCAUCUCGAGCUCUUCGAGGAGAUGGAGUCAUAG